AUGACUACUGAUCAUAUUUGUCCAUGUGAACUUAUAUUAAAAAUUGGUUGUAAUGAAUAUGAUGAAAUUUCAACAGCUAUAGCCAGUCUUCUACGUUCAUGUUCAAUAACUAAUCAACAAUUUGUUUCUGUUGAACGUCAAAUUCAGCCAACAACAUAUUUUGGUUCGUUUACAACACAUUCAUUAACAUCGAAAAUUCCAAUUCAAUGUCAAUCAUUAAGUUGUGUUAUUUUUUUAACUGAUGAAAUUCUUAAAAAAACUGAAAAAAAAGAUUUUUUUAAAUCUACACAUAUAUGGAAUUUUCAUCAUAAAAUUGAAUUAUUAGAUGAAUAUAAACAAAUCAUAGCAAGACAAGAUUAUUAUGAAUUAUCUCAUUUAUUACCAUUAUGGUCCAUAUCACAUAUUCCAUAUAAUCGACAUAUAAUUAUACGUUUUAAUAUAUUUACAAAAAAUUUUGAUUUAAUGUUAAAAUUUUAUAAACAUUUAUUUCAACGUAAACCUGAUUCAAGUAAAACUGGUUUUGUACUUUUUAAUUUAUCAUCAUCAUCAACUAAUAAUAAAUUACUUUAUCAAUUUUCUAUUAAAUAUUCUCCAUCAAUUCAAUCAUAUGCAAUAUCUCAAGGAGCUUAUUUAAAAUUUAGAUUAAAUAAUUUAAAUUAUUUUAUUCACGAAUAUACAAGUAAAUUAUUUUCAAUAAAUAAAUAUGAAUAUUAUAUUUAUGAUCCAGAUGGAAAUCUUCUUCAUUUAUAUUUACAUAAUAUAUCAUCAAAUGGAAAAGAAUGCAUAUCGUUAAAACCAUCCAUUCAUACAAAUGAUAGUGGUUUUGGUGAUAGUAGUGAUCCAUCAAUGCAAUUAUUUAAUUUAAAUAUAUCACAAAUUUAUCCAAUAAAUAAUGAUAUUGAUGGUCAAAGUUAUUCAUCAAAUGACUCUGCUCAAUGUAGUUCAUUAUCAUCAAAUGAAUUAAAUACAAUAAAAUCGACAAUUCAUCAUAAUCAUGUUACUUCAAAGAACAAUAUAUCAGUUCGAUCAGCAAAAAAAAGUGAAAUUGAUUAUCGAUUAAAACAGCAACAAAGAACAGGUUAG